UAAGGACGGACGGAGGUAUGUGUAGUAGUGCAGACGACAGGCGUUCAUGUCCUGCGUGGUCCAUUUCCUCUCCACGCAUGUCCGUUUCCUUUCCCUUUCAGGCUUUCAGCUUCCGAUCGAUGCAACACGUUGGCAGGCAAAAAUCAGACGGCGAACACGCUGCUCCGCUCGGCUCUGCUCUGCUCUACUCUGCUCUGCUCUGCGGUCUUUGGUGGGACAAGACAAGAUCCAGAUGCACAAGCCGACCGCUCCUUGCCACGCCCGCGCAAUCCUCUCAACAGUCGACACCGCCGAUGGCAUCAGCCGCGCCCGCGCCCAAGCCAGGGGUCCUCCUCCUGCGCCGCACGGACGCGGACUUCGCCGCCGCGCUGCGGGCGCGCUUCCGCGUCCACGACCUGCACGCCUCGGGCGCGCCGCUCGGGGCCUUCCUCGCCACCGCCGCGGCGGAACCGGAGCCCCCGCGCGCCGCGCUCGUGAUGGCCGGCGGCGACGUCCUGGUCGACGCCGCGUUCCUGGACGCCGUCCCCUCCCUCGGCUGCGUCGUCACCACGAGCGCCGGGGUGGACCACGUCGACCUCGCCCAGUGCGCGCGGCGCGGCGUCGCCGUCGCGGGCGCGGGCGAGGCCUUCUCCGUCGACGUCGCUGAUCACGCCGUCGGGCUCCUCGUCGCCGUGCUCCGCCGCGUCGCUGCCGCCGACCGCUACGUCCGCGCUGGGCUCUGGCCGGCGCAGGGGGAUUAUCCGCUUACCACCAAGCUGAAAACAAUCUACCCAUCAGCUCAGCGGCAAGCGCGUAGGCAUCCUCGGGCUGGGCAGCGUCGGCUCGCUGGUCGCCAAGCGCCUCCAGGCAUUCGGCUGCGCCGUGUCCUACCACUCGAGGGCGCGCAAGGCCUCCGUCGCCUACCGCUACUUCCCCGACGCCCGCGCGCUCGCCGCGGGCUCCGACGCCCUGGUCGUCGCGUGCGCGCUAAACGACGCCACGCGGCGCGUCGUCGGGCGCCACGUGCUGGACGCGCUGGGCCCCGGCGGCGUCCUGGUGAACGUCGCGCGCGGGGGGGUCGUGGACGAGCAGGAGCUGGUCGCGGCGCUGCGGGACGGGAGGAUCGCCGGCGCGGGUCUCGACGUCUUCCAGGACGAGCCGCACCUGCCUCCAGGGCUGGGAGGCAUGGACAAUGUCGUCCUGACGGCGCACCAGGCGGCGUUCACCGAGGAGUCUAGCGCCGACCUCCGCGAGCUCAUGAUUGGGAACCUCGAAGCCUUCUUCUCUGGGAAGCCGUUGCUGACGCCAGUGAUGACACGGCCACAGUGAAUGGGGUAGAUAGCUGAUUGAUUGAUGAGAGUAGAUAGAUUCUACAGUACGUAUCUUUCUGCAAUUGGAGCGCAUAUGCAUUGCUGUCAGUAGUGGUUUAAGUGGAGAGCAACGCAAGCGCCGGAGUGCAGUGCAGGAAUUAGCUAAAAUUCAAUCGCCUCUUUUGGGAUCCAGAAGACUCAACUGAGUUCAUGUUGGACUAAGCAACACAGAUCAUUCAAUCCAUCGCGCAUCUUGCGCUAGCUUCUUUUCCUCCUGUUCAA